AUGUCUGGAGACACGAAGACAUCAGUCUGGGCCCCUGCCCAUGAUCGUUCCGAAGAUAUGGAUCUGGAUGGGGACCGCCCUUCUGGCAUCCCGCCUCCCGCCUACCAAGAGGAGUACACCACUCCUGAGCCGUCGGCGCCGAGUGGUCCAUCAUGGACACAGCUACACUCGGCUCCGCGCGAGAACUUCAAAAACAGUCCUUUCUUGAGAAUGCCAGAGCCCUUGAUCGCCAAAAUCAUGACCGACUACUGUGGCAAAGAAGACAUUCUGCGCUUGCGCCACACCUCGCGCACUUUUAUGCGCAUCUUUUCUGGAAAGCAUGACUUUCAGCCACUUUGGCUGGCCGGGGACGAUGACGAGGACCUGUCACAUGUCUGGACAGCGCCCAAUUGCACGUACCCGGAGCAGACACCCAAACUCUGCUCGUCCUGCUUCGAGAUCAACCGGGACCGGGACCCCGAGGUCCACGACUACGAUGACCACCAACUCUGGUGCAGAGCCUGCAAGGACUUUCACUCGGAGCUGCACUUUUCCCACUUGCAGCGUGGUGAACUGGAGCAGGAGAGGACCUGCAUUGGCCGCGAAGGCCACGUCAGGCUCUGCAGCCACUACUCGCUCAGCUGGGGCCAAGUCCGCGGCCUGGCCAAGCAAGUCAAAAAAGGCAUUGCCUGCGUGCAUGAUGGCAGCAAAGACGGCCAUAGUUUCAGCAGCGGCAGUAGCUGCAGCAGCCCCAGCUGCCAAAACAACAACAAAAGAGCCGACUGCGACCACGUCAACUGCGUGUACCAGAACGCCACCGGGGUCGAGGUGGAACAGACUCGCGAUGGCGCGUAUGCCCUCCGAUUCACCACCCUCAGCCACAUUCCCUUCGGCAGAGGCCCGGCAGGCGAGAAGCCGAGCUGGUUCAGCGUCUACAAGGCCAUCCACGACGCGCUCACAAACCCAAAGGACGAGCAAACCUUUAUGCCGGCCCGGGUCUUUGCCGGCUGCGACCCCAUGAGGGUCUUUGACCCCAACCACUGCAGCUGCCUCGACUGGCACGUGGCCGAGUCCGAAAGUAAGGACUGCGGGCCCCGCGGGGGCUUCAAGUGGCUCCUCAGCGACCCGGACUGCGGCCAGUGGCGCGACAACGCCGAGGAGGACGAGUUCCCCGGCGCGCGGUGGAACGAGACCGACCCGGACACCGACCGCUGCGUCGGCGCGCGCCACGGGUUCGACGUCGAGGUCGGCCGUCGCGAAAUCUCCAUCGACUUUCUGCAGUGCGCAGACGACGGCAACAUGCUCGUCCUGCAGCAGGUAACCACAAUGGUCGUCGAAGGUCCGACAGAUCCCGCGUGGGAGGACCUCAUCGACGGCCACAGCAUCAUGCGCCGGUGCGACACCGAGAUGCUCGGCACGACGUGGUGCUGGCUCGAGGACACCGCCGAAAGCCACAAGUGCGCCGUCAGCAUGAUGAAGAGGACGGGAUCCACGCUGCGAGAGCUGGAGUGGCUGCAGAUGAACCCCGGAACUUCCGCCUAUAAUGAGGAUCGCCCGUCGGCGACUCGCCUCGCUCUGUUCAAAAAUGCCGGCGCCAUGCCGAAUCCGCUGCGGCAUAACGCCCAGGCAUCACCGAUGCCGCUUGGAGCUCCGGCCGAGAACCCUACGAGUCCGCGGGCCAUUCUCCUAUGA